GUCGUUCAUUAGUCUGUAGGAUAUGGAAUUAUGGAAAAAUAAUUGAGCCUCACCUCCCUGCACCCUGAGCUGUAUAUGCUAUAGAAGGCUGUCUCCUGGCACAUCACUGCUCCUGGGUUUGGCUGAGAAAAGAAUUCCUAUUUUUUUUUAGGCUGUCAGUUAAGCGUUUGUUGUCAACCUUCAGCCAAUGAGCAACGAGAAAGAAAUGAUCGGCCCUCCCUCCAGCCCAGGCCUCCUGCAGUUGUGAUUGAUGUCCCAGUUUGCACAGCGAGCAUUCGGUGAAGGCAAAGAAAAGCUGCUCAACUCCAGCUCUUCCUUUUUCUCUUUUCAUCACUUCCAAAGCGAAGCGAGGCCGAUUCGUUUGUAUCUGUGAUCUGAUCUGCGGCUUGUAGCUGGGGCUCCAGCAUUGCGUGGGGAGGAUCAGGGGACUCAGCAUGGAGCACAUAGGGGCUCAUCACCUCCACCAGUCUCAUGCUGAGCCAAUCAGCUUUGGCAUUGACCAGAUUCUCAAUAACCCAGACCAGGGUGGCAGUUGCAUGAUCUCCGGCCCGAGGCUCCAGGACUCAGACUAUGGCUUGGGUUGUAUUGUCAGCAGCGCCUACAACACCAUGACGGGCAAUUACAGCAACAGCGGCACCGGCGGCUACAGCAACAGCGCCUGCAGUAUGGCAGCUCUCACAGGCUCUUACAACAUGAACAUGGGGGUCUCUAUGAAUGGCAAUAACCUCAACUCUGCCGGGGUGAUUAGAGUCCCUGCACAUAGACCUCUGGCUACUAGUGUGCACCAGCCCAUGUCCACUGGCAUGCCAACUGUGCCCUCUGUGGCCUCUAUGAACAACAUCAACAACCUGACAGGCUUAACUUUCCCUUGGAUGGAAAGUAACAGGAGGUACACCAAGGACAGAUUCACAGGUCACCCGUACCAGAACCGGACUCCGCCCAAGAAGAAAAAGCCCAGGACUUCAUUCACCAGACUGCAGAUCUGCGAGUUGGAGAAGAGGUUCCACCGGCAGAAAUACUUGGCCUCAGCCGAGAGGGCCGCUCUGGCCAAAGCACUUAAAAUGACAGAUGCCCAAGUCAAAACCUGGUUCCAGAACAGAAGAACUAAAUGGAGGAGACAGACAGCAGAGGAACGGGAGGCAGAGAGGCAGCAGGCAAACAGGAUCCUCCUGCAGCUCCAACAGGAGGCCUUUCAGAAAACUAUAAACCAGCCCCUCCAGCAGGACCCCAUCUGCCUCCACAACUCUUCCCUCUAUGCCCUGCAGAACCUGCAGCCUUGGUCAGACGAUAUGUCCAAAAUAACCAGUGUCACUUCAGUGGCCUCUGCUUGUGAAUGACUCAGCUGCACACAAGGACUGGGCUAAAUUGACUAUCUCUACAUUUUAUGCAGAAAUGAAAAAAUAAAAACAACACGAUCAGGCUCCUUAGGGAAAAAAAGCACGUCUGAUCGUAUAAAAUAACCCUCUCCCCUGUUUGGGGUCGCAGACUGUGGUGCAUUCAGAUCUGCCAGAGAGAAGCAGGUCUGUCCGCAAGCCCAGCACAAGGCGCAAUGAUGGAAUCGUUGGAUCUCUCCUUGUGGAAGUUGUGGACAGUCUGAGUUCAGCCUAAGAACAGUUAUAUUUAUAAAUAAUAGGUUCCAAGCUAUCCCACAUACACAGAACUCAGAUAUAUUAUUUUGAAAGAACAUUAGAAUGGUAUUUAUGAACAUUGCCGCCGGUCACUCAGCAACAUUUCAUUAUGGAAACGGUGGAGUUACAUUCAUAAAACCUGUGAAACAAAAUAGUAUUUUGUGAUCAAGGGAUGUUGAAAUGCAAAGGCUGUCAGACUGGACUGAAGGCAAAGGCAUUUGGAUACAACUUCAUGGAGUUGCACCUGCUCAGAUACAGUAUUUUCUUACCUGAACACACACAUACACUGCCCCUCUGGUAUCUUACAAAAGGGCGAUUUGACUCCCUCUAAAGCACUUCUUUGUCCAUUUCAGUUAUUUUCCCCUCUCUAUGGCAAAUCCCCAUGCAUCCAAUUAAGCACCCAAUUAUGGAUUAUAUUUAAAUACAGUAUAACUACAAUUUUAAAGGGGUAUGCAACUUUUCAAUUGGUCUUCACUAUUUAUUUUUUUAUAGUUUUUGAAUUAUUUGACUUCUUCUUCUGACUGUUUUCAGCAUUCAAAUGGAGGGGGGUCACUGACCCAUCUUAAAAACGAAAUCUGUAAGCCUUCAAACGUAUUGUAAUUGUUACUUUUUUUUAAUGAUCUUUCUAUUCAGGCCCUCUUCUAUUCAUAUUCCAAUCUCUUAUUCA